GAUUGACAUUUUAAAAAUUGAUUAUUUCCUCAAUAAAAUGCGAAUUUUAUGAUUUUUGACGAAUGAAUGUAAAAAUAUGUUUACAGUUUGUCAUCUCGUAGCUUUGAGCAGGAAUUAUGUGUAUAAGAAAUAUAUACUGACUCAAAACUAGACUAGAAAUAUAUUUUAGUUGAGUUAUGUGCAUGAAUAACAAGUUGUUGACAAGUUCGUACGAAAAAUUGACAUAUUUGUCAAAUCUAAAAACAUGUAUUAUUUUGAAACAGCCGAUGCUUCUGAAAUCAAUAGUCACAUCAUAAUGGAAGAAAGUUAUGAACUCUGUAAUUUGACUGAACUAACAUUGGAGUUGAAGAAACCUCUCUACGUCACUCGACGAAUAAAUUAUACGUGUUAUGACGUCUCAAAAAAUUACAUUGUCUGUGGUGCGACCAGUGGCAGUAUUUACCUUUUCCGACGAUGUCCAGUUUCGCUGCUUCAACUUAUUCCCAAUUUGAACGGGCCCAUAAAGUUAGUAGCCAUCUCACCAUUAGAGCAAUACAUCUGUUUCACGACGCAGAGGGGAGCAAUUAAUGUCUACAUAUUGAAUUUCUCAACACUACAACCCAUUAUCAGUUCUUAUUACCUUCACGAGAUGAACAUAACUCAAAUCAAGUGGAAACAAAAUGAAAAUCAAAUAUAUUUCGGCGACAUAAAAGGAAAUGUGUUUUUAGUGAAUUUGAAUAAUUUUUUGGGUAAAAAUUCUUUAAACAUUUCGGUGCAUCCCAUUCUAUUUUUGGAAUCUCCAAUUGUACAAAUUUGCGAGUAUGAGGAUUUACUACUUGUGUCUAAUUUUACGAAAUGUAUAUUGUGCAACACGAUAACGGAGGAAUACAAACAGAUUGGUAACCAACCGCGAGAUGGAAAAUUCGGGGCCUGUUUCCAUUCGAAUGAAAAAACCCAAACUACACGCGUGAUAUGUGCACGGCCUGGAAGUCGUAUUUGGGAAUGUAGCAUCGAAGGAAAUGUUAUGAAAACACAUAAAUUCAAAAAUGCUCUGGAAAAGAAGCAAGCUACCAACUUCGGUGAUAUUCCAUCUUAUGGAAAAAAAAAAAGUAGAAUAGAUUCAAUGAAACCUGGGAUUAAUGAUCAGUUAAUAGAUUUGCAAAUCGUUAAUGAUUUUUUUGUUCUGGGACGUAGCACAGAAGUUUUCUACAUUUUUGACUUCAUACAUUCAAAUAUUGUACUCUGGAAUAGCGAUUUCGGAAGUAUAAACACGAUCAAAGUGUGUGAUGAUACAAUAUUUAUCUUUACCAAUGACCAUAAAGCGUACGCACUUCAACUGAAACGUUUGGAUGAGCUUUUUUUCCAAUUAUUUGAUAUGGAACAGUUUGCACAUGGGAUUCAUCUCUUUCAAAAAAAUAUUUCUUAUUUCAAGAACAAAAUAUAUACCAAAAUGUUUCAAAAAUAUAUCGCUAUAUUGCGGAACAAAUGGCAUGAUUCAGAUAGUGAAAAUCCCUUGGACGAUUUUUUUCAUAGAUUCGAUGAAAUGUUUUUCAGUAUGAAUAAAAAUGAAGAAUGUACAAUUUUAACUGAUAACAUCUCAAGUCAAAAUUCGAAUAAAUCACACCUAAGUGUAUUCGAAUCUGUUCCGGAAAAGGACAAUCAAGAUAAAAAAAAAUUCACAGAAAAAUAUUAUAAUGAUAAUUUGACUGAGGAAUUCAAUGAAAAAAUCGAUACCCCCAAUACUCAAAUUCAGUUUGAAUUAAAAGAAUUCGCCGAAGAACAAAAGAUGUUAAGGAACUUAUUUUUCAUAUAUAAAUCUUUGAAAAUAUCCAAAUUCAAUAUUAGGGAACGAUAUGCCGAAUUGUUCGAUAAUUAUGAUUUACGUCGCAUUCAACAGUUGUUGAGGGCUCUACAGGAUAUGAUUCUCGAGAACGAAUAUGGUACUACGGAAUUUGAAGCAAAAAAAACUUGCGCGUACAUCUAUUUGAAUUAUGUUAAGGACGACUGUCUAGUCUCACAUGAAUCUGAAAGUUUCAUUAUUGAUUGUCUCCUACUAGUUAAUUCGCAGAACAAUGCGACAAACAGUACCCAACGUUGUCAGCUUUGCAAUUUUCCAUUAACUGUUUCGGGAACGUUGGAAAACUUAAAAUUCAUGGAAAAAGUAGAACUGGUUGUAAGCAGACUUGUCAGACGGAAUGAAAAUCAUAAAUUGUUCAGAAUAAUUGAUGAAAUUCCAACAGUUUUGAUUAUUUUAUUAAAAAUUCAUGCAGCGCAAAAUUGUAACAGAUCGAUAUCAGAUAUUGAUAUCUCCGAUUUAUUUUUCUCUUGUGUUCAUCUUCAAUAUUUUUUACAUCCGAUUAUGCAGAACUCUCAACUUUUCCACACUUAUGAAUUUUGGAAAUGUCUGGCAUCACGUUUCAUUCUCUUACACGACGAAAUGGCGAUUCAAUGUAUUCGAUGUCGAGCAUAUAGUAAAGUAAACUGUAUCGAUCCAGAAUAUUCUUACGACAACGUAUUCCAUCACUGUCUACUUUUUCUACCACCCAUAUCAGUACUAAUGCUAUUGAAUGAACUAGCAAAUUUAAUUCCAUCUGAUGCUAUCAGCAGAAAAUUAUAUGUAAAAUGUUUGUUAAAUGUAUCUUGAAUAAAUGCUUGUGCAAAAACCA